ACGUGAAAGCAGAACAGAAUCGCUUCUUGUCGCUCCGAGAUUACUUCGCAAAAUGGUCCGAGCAUAGAACGCUCUGAAAAUGGCUGACCUCUGCUUCUCUUCAUUCUUUUCGUUCUCUACCAUCAACCACGUUUCCUUUUUACUACUAUGAAAAGUUUCAUUUUGACCUACUUUCUACUCUUGGUCACUUUAUUGAUCGUGGCGAAAGCUACACCUUUUACCGGAUCAAUCUUAGCUCGUAAUGAUGACUAUCCAUGCUCACGAUUCGGGGGAUCUGGCUUACUCAAGCUCGGUAAUAACGGUACCGCACUGUACAAAGGCUUCUUCUUCGUUGUUACAGAUGACGAAAAGGGCGAUGAAAGUUUGCGAGUUAGAUUUGAAGAUUGUACUUUUCCCGGUUAUGGUUACACGCAAGGAUCUUCUAGAAAUUCACAUGGAAGUAUGGGCGCACCUGUGGAAUUCUUUGGCAUUGUGAAACAUCAAGACAAGUGUCUUACUGCAUCUACAACAGACAUCGAGCCUGAUGCAAUUAAUUUUUUUCGCUUUCAAAACUGUUCAAUUGAAGACGACAAUUUGCGAUUGAGACAAUUCUUUGCUUAUCAAAUUGGCUCUCAAGUACCUGAUAUUGCAUUCGUUGGAGCAAAGAAUACUACUGAAAAGGUAUAUAAAGGUGCUUACAGUUGGACAGUCGCUCCGAAGAUCAGCAACAGCUACCCUAGACCGAUCAGAGCUUCAUCCAACAGUACAGAGUACGUCCUGUCAUUUGUGACCGGAGAGUAGGGUCAUUGCAUAGUCAGGGACACCUCUGACACAACGAAACUCAUCGAUUGAGGCCAUAGACAAUUGAACUGAUUC